AUGGCAACAGCUACGCGAACUGUAAAUGAACCAUUUGUUCGUAUACGACUUGUUAAAUUUUCUGUUGGAGCACAAAGUCAUCCCUUACAAAAUAUUAAAUUAAGAGUGGAAACAUUUGAUUUUCAACAAAGUAAUUUUUUUUAUUUUGUUUUAUGUUUUGAAAAUAUUUCAAAAUCAACAAUAGUUUCAACAGCUCGACCAAAAUUUCCUGAAUAUGAUAAGAAAAUGAACAAUUUCUGUUUUGAAACACGUGCUAAACAAGGUCGUCAAGUAACCAUAGAUGUUUAUAUGGAUGUAAAACAGUCCAAUUAUACAUAUAAAACAUCAAUUGAAGAUUUAAUACGUAGAGCAGAUAAUGUUAUUCGCGAAUAUCGAUUCAGUGAUAAAAGUCAAGCAUCAAUGUCAGUUGAACUUCUUAUACCAAAUGAUAAUGUCAGAGAAGCACAACGAACAAUACAUAAUAAAAUACGUAAACAUUAUGGUCAUGAAUUUCUACCAAAAUAUUUUACUACACUACCUGUGUUUUGCAGUGAUUGUAAAAAAGUUCUUUGGGGUUUUAAUACACCGGGAUAUCGUUGUCAAUUAUGUGAUCUAGUCGUUCAUGAACUAUGUAUUAAAAAUGUAGUAACUUGUAAACAAUUAGGUCUAUCUGAUUCUCCGACAAUACCAACAGUUUCACAUAAUUUUCUACAUGAACCAAAUUUUUUACCACUUUUUUGCGAUCAUGAUGGUAAAAUUAUACAUCCAUUACGAGCAUGGAAAUGUUCAAAUUGUGAAAUGAUUGUUCAUUCAAAAUGUAAAAAAAAUGUAGCACAUUUUUGUGGCACGAGACAAGUAGCUGUUCGAAUGUAUGAAGAAUGGAAAGAACAAAAUAAAUCAGAUUCAAUUGAUGCAUAUGUUAUAACAGACGAUUGUACAACAACAGAAAUAGAAGAAAACAAUCAAACACAGUUAAUUAAUAUUUAUGAAAGAUUACAACAGGAACGUGAACGUGAUAGUGCUAUACAAGAUUUAAAUGUAAUUACAAAACCAUAUCAAUGGUCAGAUAAUUUAAAUCAAACAAGUGUAGUUCUUCUUCAUAAUAUAUCAUUUCAUGCAUUGCUUGGACAUGGAAUGAGUGGAUCUGUUUAUUGGGUAAAAUAUUCUGAACGUGAUUUUGCUUUGAAAGCACUUCGUAAACAUCGAAUAUUUGAAGCCAAUGAAUUUGAGUGUGUAAAAAAUGAACGUGAUAUUUUAUUAUUCUCUCGUGAUAAUCCAUUUAUUAUUCAAUUAUAUGCAGUUUUUCAUGAUUUUCAACGUGUUUAUUUUUUACUUGAAUAUGCAAAUUGUGGAGCAUUUUAUGAAUUUUUAUUAACAUUUGGUUCUAAAUUCGAUAAUGCAUGUAUUAAAUGGUUUUCAAGUCAUAUUAUUUGUGCUAUUAGUUAUUUACAUUCGAAAUUAGUGAUCCACAGAGAUUUAAAACCAGAAAAUGUUCUUUUAAUGCGUGAUGGUCGUUUAAAAUUAGCAGAUUUCGGUUUUUCUAAACAAUUAAUUUCUGCGACAGGUACAACGCGUACAUUUUGUGGUACAUCGGAAUAUAUCGCUCCGGAAAUCUAUCAAAAUUUCGAUUAUAGUUUUCCUGUUGAUUAUUGGUCAUUAGGUGUAAUGAUUUAUGAAAUGAUAACUUUACAAACUCCAUUUUAUCAUCCAAGUGAAUACGAAAUAAAAGAACAUGUUAUUAAUAAAGAUUUUCAAUAUCCACCUAAAACAACAUCUGAUCUACAAUCAGUUAUAACUGGUUUAUUAACAAAAAAUCCAAACGAACGUUUUGGAAUAAAUGAACUUCGUUCAAGUACAUUUUAUUCAUCAUCAUAUUCAUUAGAAGAUAUCGAACAAGGAAAUAUAAAAUGUCCAUGGAAAAGAACCAUUCCACUCAAUCCUUCUCCAGAUAAACAUUCAUCAAUGCAAACCGUUCGCUUAUCACAGAUCGACGAACAAUCAAUAUGUACCACACUUACUUUAAAUAAAAAUAAUUUUCGUCAUUUUUCAUUUAUUGGUUUUUAA